AUGGCACCGGAAAUUCAGGUAGCCCACUUUGAACUCAAGCCAUUGAUGUUCAACAUGCUAAAUUCUAUCGGUCAAUUUGGUGGCUCACCUAAUGAAGAUGCUAUACAACAUGUACGUGCUUUCAUUGAAGUGAGCGACUUGUUUAGGCAGCAAGAUUUGCCUAAGGGGAAGGAGAAGGACGAGGGUUCAAAAAGUCUUCCUACUGAUGGAGGAGAAUUUAUUGCAACAUUAAAAGUUUCACCCCCACCUGCAGUAGCUAAAGUCAGACUCCCUCCACCCUCCCCUCAAUGGUUGAAGAAGCAUAACGAUGAGAUCCAGUUUAAAAAGUUUGUUGAUGUCCUUGAUAAGUUGUAUAUUAACAUUCCAUUACUUGAGGCCAUUGACCAAAUGCCUUUCUAUGCCAAAUUUUUUAAGGAUAUUGUCAUGAAUAAUAGAAAGCAAAGAGAUCCUGGAAGCUUUGUUAUAUUAUGUUCCAUCGGUGACAACAAUGUUGGGAGAGCCCUAUGUGACUUGGGAUCAAGCUUAAAUAUGAUGCCCCAGUCCAUAUUUAUUAUGCUUGGAAUGGGUAAUGCUCGACCAACCACCAUGAUUUUGCAAUUAUCUGAACGAUCACAAAUUCGUCCUGAGGGUAGAAUUGAAGAUAUCAUUGUAAAAGUAGACAAGUUUGUCUUUCUUGUAGAGUUCCUUAUUCUCAAUUGUGAGGCCGACGACAAUGCGCCUGUUAUUCUUGGGCAUCUUUUCUUAGCCACAAAGUGCAUCUUAAUAGAUUUUGAUAAGGGAGAGUUCACGAUGAGGGUGGCUAAUCAAAGAGUCACAAUUAAUGUCUUCAAAACUCUUAAAUAUAUCGAUGAUUCUGAAGAAUGCCAUUGA